AUGACUUGUUCACAGUGUCAUCGUGAAAGUUCUGAAUUAGUGAGAAGCCCGUUGGAUAUUUUAACCGAUCCUGAUAUUAUCGCGAGAAUAUGUGCUCCAAUGGUGCGAUAUUCCAAGCUUCCAUUCAGACUGUUGGUGCGAAAAUAUGGUUGUGAUAUUGCGUAUUCUCCCAUGAUCGUUGCCGAUCCGUUCGUGCGAUCUGAGAAAGCAAGGCUUGCCGAAUUUGCUACAAGUCCAGAUGACCGACCGCUGAUCGUUCAAUUUGGAGCUGCUGACGCUGUUGAAUUCAGCAAGGCUACGGAAAUUAUUGCAGGGGUUUGCGAUGGAGUUGAUCUCAACUGUGGGUGUCCACAGCGUUGGGUUUCCAAAAAAGGAUUUGGAGCGUGUCUACUGAAUAAACCGGAAUUCGUCGCGGACAUGGUGUCUGCGGUCAAACGUUUGCCAUUACCUGAAAAAUUCACGGUUUCCAUCAAAAUCAGGAUUAAGGAGGAUCUUCGGAAAACCAUCGAUUUUUGUCGAGCCGUGGAGAAUGCCGGAGUUGAUUUCAUUGCGGUUCAUGGCAGAACAACGAGUCAGCGCAAAGAGCCCGCAAACUUGGAAGCCAUUGCCACAAUAAAAGAAUCCUUGCGCAUUCCCGUGAUCGCAAAUGGUGGAAUGAAAAAUUUGAAGGAUGUGCAUGAAGUUCAUAGCCGCACAGGAGUGAACGGAGUUAUGAUAGCGGAAGGCUUGUUGGAAAAUCCAGCGUUAUUCGUGUCGGAAUGUGAAGUUACUCCUGCGAACUGUAUCUUGGACUAUUGUAAUUUUGCAGCCCGCUAUGAACGACGAUUCAACACGUUUCAUCAUCAUUUGAUGUCCAUGUGCCAGCGAUGGCAUGCAAAACCACAGCGGAAAGUUUUUAACGCGCUCACGAAUUUCUCUGACGUGGUUUCAUACCUUCAUACGAAUCAUGAGUGUUUCAGUGACUCAGAUUUUCCCUUGUUCGGUGACUCCAGUGACGAAGAAUCCGCAUGUGAUUGA